UCAAAUAACAAUUAUCUAUUACUUAUUUACAUAAGUUCCGACAGAAUAUAUGAAUAUGCACCCCAAUUAACGUUCUAGUUACGCCAAUGCACAUUCCUUGUCAGCUUGGGCGUAUUUUACACAGUCGAUAUCACUAUUAUUUCUUUCAUUUGUGAUAACAUCAUGUCUUUAAGUCUACAGUCAGAAGAUUUACAAGAAUUCCUGAAGAUCUACGCUUCAGAAUACAACAAGCCAGAAUUUCAUGAUCGCAUUCUUGUGUUUGAUGUCGUGGCGGACGGUUUGGAAAAUAAAACAUUUCUUGCAAAGUAUUCAAGCGAUGAAGAGAAAACAGGAGAAAAUUUAUUGGCUGUCAAGAAUCCAGAUCAUAAAGAAAAUAAUAUCGAAGAUGAUGUAAAACCUGAAGACGAAAAUAUUGAAAGUGAAACAGGAAAUACUUCCGCCCAAAGUGAAAGCACUUUGAGAAAUAACAAGGAAACGCAAUUUGGCAUGGGAGAUUUACAGUCUAACUCAAAGGAUGAAAUAAAUGAUUCAACUAUCAUUCGACAACACAAGAUUUUUGUGCAUAGCUCGUGGCUAGCUGUACAAAGCAACUAUUUCCGCUCAUUUUUCCUGUCAGACUUUAAAGAAUCCAAAUCUAGAGAAGUUCAUCUGAUGGUCAGCGAAUCAGAGGAAACGUCUCAUUUGUUGAUGCUGGAGGCUGUUUACAACUCUGACAUAUUAAAUGAAGCUAGUGUAGAAGACCUUCUGGCCGUGAUGGAGCUUGCCAACAAGUACGACUUGCGCUUUGUUUUCAGGAAAUGUAAAUACGUCCUCAAAACCCACGUGACAACUCUAGAUACAUGUCGACAGGCUAUGCAUAUCAUUAAAGAGAAGCACGAUUUUGGCAAUGUUGAAGAUCUUCUACAUACAAUGGAAGAAACUAUGGGCAACAGUUUUGGGCUUUUAGAACAACAUUUCAGAACAGAAAAAUUUACAAGUCAGUCUAAAGCUUUCAUUAAGCAUCUUUUGCACAGUGAGACACUUCAAACAGGCCAUGAGAGUACCGUAUUUCAAGCACUUAUGCAUUGGAUGGAGGUGAACAAUGUUGAUCCAGAUUCCCUUGGAGAUGACGAAGAUUUCUUGCAAUCAGUGCGAUUUGAAUGUUUGUCUUUAGACUAUUUGUACAACGUUGUCAAAAAUCAUCCAGUUGCAAACAAAAUGCCCGGAUUCAACAAAUGUAUGCUCUUUGCCAUGACUUAUCAUGCUUUGAAGGUGGAAGCCUCAUUGAAUGAUAUUGUUCCAAGAUCUCGACAGUCACUCCCCCCAAAGACAUCUUUAUUUACUUGGAUAGUUCCUAGCUCACAAUUUAAAUAUAACAGCAAGCAAAAUUUAACUUCAGAAUUUUUUUUUCUUUGUGGCUACAAAGCAAAGAUGCUGUUGCAAUAUCAUUCACAUGACGCUAGCUAUUAUAGAUUUCUAGUCGUGUUGACCCUUCUUGAGUUGCCAGAAAAAAGUAAAGUUAAUUUAGCUUGUUACAUAAAUACGCCUAAUGCACAAUUGUUUCGGGAGACGAGAUUCAACUAUGGUGAGUUCACACACGAUAAUCCGUCACAAAGUACUCCUCAAAUUCAAAUGAACAAAGGAUACAUUAAUCAAGACGUUGUUAUAAAUUUAAGAGUUGAUUGAAACAGAGAGAAGUAUAUAACAUGAACCAUUGGUUUAUGACAUUUUUGAAAGCAAAAAAAUUAGUUAAACGAUGCUCUUGAAGUUGAAAUUAUCUGCUUUGUUAAAUUAAUCUUCUUUAACCAAUGACUUAUUGGUAACGUAUUUACAGUUCCUAGUUUUACUGAAAAUUUUUGGUUGAAAACAAGAGCCUCAAAAUAACUUAUAUAAAUAUAUGAAAGCAAUUGCACGGUGUUUAGACGUAUAGCUAUACAUUUCAAGAAACUUGAUGCCCAGUAUAUUGUCUUUAACCUCAUGAAACUUGUAUCUAGUCUAGUUCUUCUAGUUUUUAAACAAAAAUACAACGAAUAAAAUCAUAGUUUGAAGACUUUAAA